AUGUCGGUCGAUAUCGAGCCGUUCGAGCUUUCCUUUAGACGUCCUUUCACGUCCGAGGUUGCGCAGACCCUCACCAUCAAGAACCCGAGCUCGACUCCCGUCGCUUUCAAGGUCAAGACUACCGCCCCCAAGCAAUACUGUGUCCGACCAAAUGCAGGCCGCAUCGAGGCCGGCCAGAGCUUCGAUGUUGCCGUUCUGCUCCAGGCUAUGAAGCAGGACCCUCCCCCGGAUGCUCGAUGCCGUGACAAGUUCCUCGUUCAGUCCGCUCCCAUUACAGCCGAAAAGGAGUUUGCUAGUAUUGCCAACGUGCUGGAAACAACGGAGAAGAGUCUGCUCGUGGAGCGCAAGAUCCGGGUCAACUGGCUGGCGGCGAACCCCGAGCUUGACGAGUCUGCCAACCGCCCGGUAGCUACGCCUAACAAGCAGGCCAUUGCUAACGGCGUAGGUCAUGACAAUUCCGAUAUGUGGGAUUUGGCGACUGACAACGCAUCCAAUCAGGCCACCGAUACCCCCGACAUCUCACGCACAUAUUCUUCCCCUGUUGCUAAGGAGGAGUCUCCCUCGGCCGCGGCUCCACCCCCCUACCAAUCCGAACAUAUCCCUGAGGAAGACGAGAAGCCCCAGCCCGCGGAGGACCCCGAGCCAAAGAGCACAGUCGCCCAGGCUACAGCGGCCGUCAAGGAGGCCGCGGAGGUGUCUUAUGAGGAGCUCAAGGCCAAACUCGCCCAGGCAGAGGCUCAGAUCGUGUCACUUAGGGAGACUGGCCUCCGACAGCGCAACGUCAAGCCGGCCUCGAGCGAAGACGAGAAGCGCCCCCUGCUCCAGACUGCCCAAGCAGUCCAGCAGACGGUUGAAGGCGUGCCAGUGCAGAUGGCGGCAAUCCUCUGCCUGAUCAGCUUCCUGCUCGCCUACUUCUUCUUUUAG